AUGAGCCUGCAGCGUCCCCGGAGCCCACACACUAUGGCACGCGCCCGAGGGCUGUGGCCACCUGGCUGCCUGGCCGUGGUCGCCCUGUUUAGCCUUGUGCACAGCCAGCAUGUGUUCCUGGCCCCUCAGCACGCACUGUCGCUGCUCCAGCGGGUCCGCCGGGCCAACCGCGGCUUCAUGGAGGAGUUGCGCAAGGGCAACCUGGAGCGGGAGUGCCUGGAGGAGCAGUGCAGCCGCGAGGAGGCCUUCGAGGCCCUGGAGUCCACCACUGCCACGGAUGUGUUCUGGGCCAAGUACACAGCCUGUGAGUCGGUGAAGACAUCUCGAGAAAAGCUGGGUGCAUGUCUGGAAGGUUACUGUGCGGAAGGCCUGGGUAUGAACUACCGAGGGAACCAGAGCAUAACCCGGACGGGCAUCGAGUGCCAGCUGUGGAGGAGUCGUUACCCACAUAACCCUGAAAUCAACGUCACCACCCACCCCGACGCCGACCUGCGGGAGAAUUUCUGCCGCAACCCAGACGGCAGCACCACCGGCCCCUGGUGCUACACAUCGGACCCCACGGUGCGGAGGGAGGAGUGCAGCAUCCCUGUCUGCGGCACAGAGGGCGUCACUGUGGAGCAGAUCCCAAGCUCAGGAGGCUCCUUGGUGAAGCUGCCACCCCCGGCACACCAGUGUGUCCCUGAGCGUGGCCAGCAUUACCAGGGUCGCCUGGCAGUGACCAUGCAUGGGUCCCCAUGCCUGGACUGGGCCAGCAGCCAGGCCAAAGCCCUGAGCAACAACCAGGACUUCAGCCCGGCUGUGUCGCUGGUGGAGAACUUCUGUCGCAACCCAGACGGGGACCAGGAGGGCGCCUGGUGCUACGUCAGUGGGAGGCCUGAUCACUUCGAGUACUGCGACCUAGACUAUUGUGAGGAACCGGUGGAAGACGUGACAGGCAAUGGGCCAGAUGAGGACUCGAACGUGGCCGUCCAGGGGCGCACCACUGUGGAAGAGUUCCAGCCCUUCUUCAACGAGAAGACCUUCGGCGCAGGGGAGGCAGACUGUGGGCUGCGGCCGCUGUUCGAGCAGAAGUCGCUGGAGGACAAAACAGAGGAGGAGCUUCUGGAGUCCUACAUCGAUGGGCGCAUCGUGCAGGGUUGGGACGCGGAGAUGGGCCUGGCGCCCUGGCAGGUGAUGCUUUUCCGGAAGACGCCCCAGGAGCUGUUGUGCGGAGCCAGCCUCCUCAGUGACCGCUGGGUCCUCACUGCUGCCCACUGUAUCCUGUAUCCACCUUGGGACAAGAACUUCACGAAGGAUGACCUUCUGGUGCGCAUUGGCAAGCAUUCCCGCACCAGGUAUGAGCGAGGCAUGGAAAAGAUCUCCAUGCUGGAAAAGAUCCACAUCCACCCCAGGUACAACUGGAGGGACACCCUGGACCGCGACAUCGCCCUGCUGAAGCUCAGGAAGCCCAUCACCUUCAGCAACUACAUCCACCCCGUGUGCCUGCCUGACAAGCAGACGGCAUCCAGGCUGCUCCAGGCUGGAUACAAAGGGCGGGUGACCGGCUGGGGCAACCUGAAGGAGGUGUGGACAACCUCUGCCCAGGCGCAGCCCAGCGUCCUGCAGGUGGUGAACCUGCCCAUCGUGGAGCGUGCGGUCUGCAAGGCCUCCACCCGCAUCCACAUCACCGACAACAUGUUCUGUGCCGGUUACAAGCCCAAUGAAGGGAAACGAGGGGAUGCUUGUGAAGGUGACAGUGGGGGACCGUUUGUCAUGAAGAGCCCCUUUAACAACCGCUGGUAUCAAAUGGGCAUCGUCUCGUGGGGUGAAGGCUGUGACAGGGAUGGAAAAUACGGCUUCUACACACACGUGUUCCGCCUGAAGAAGUGGAUACGGAAGGUCAUCGAACAAUCUGGAAGUUAGGGGGCCACCCCAUUCUGGGCUCCUCACUGUAAGAUCACAGAAACCAAUCCAGGGACAGAAUUAUUUUUGUGGUUUGUUCCUAAAACUACAGUUCUCAAUAAAAGUGAAUGUGAGCCUCCAA